AUGCAUCAUCUACAUGCCUGCAUGUCGGACGGAAACUGGCAUUUGGCAUAUGCACGACAGUUGCUGCAGAACUCCGCCCGGCCUCUGGAAUUUCAUCAAUCUUCAACACUCGACGCUUUCUCCGCUCAAUUCCUACACCAAAAUGCUCGGUGGGAAACCUUGGGGCUAUUCUUCUCAGCCGUCAGUCGGGCUACCCUUGACGUGUCGUUCUUCCCCUCUUUAUACUCAACGGAGAAAGGACAAUAUUCUCUUCGACGCAUGGCGAUGAAACUCUGCGAUUAUAUCUUGGACAUUUGCUUAUCCUUGGACUGUCUGAACGACUUACAGCUCCUGUUUCAAUACGAGAACUUCAUCGUCCACUCCCACGUGGAUGGAGAUCAGAGCUACCAUUCGUGGCGCAGAAUCGGAGAUGUGAUUUCUUCAACGUUCGCCUUGGGCUACCACGAGAACCUCGAAGCAAAGCCCGACGUACCUCCAUUCCUAACAGAGAUGCGCAAAACUGCCUCUGCCAGAAUCUACUCCGCGGACAAAAACUUGGCUAUUUUCCUUGGUCGACCUCCCCGAAUGUGCAAGCGGUUUUGUCAUCUUCACCUCCCUUCGAGCUGGAUUGGCUUUGAGACGUUGGCCUAUGGACAUACCCCUAAUGCCGAUGGAGAUGAAGAGAUUAAGGCUACGUAUUGUGGUGAUACGCGCUGGUCCGUAAUUUGCGCCUCGUUGAAAGAGGAUAUCAUGGAGAUGCUCCGUGAUGUCAAAGACGACACAUAUAUCGAAAGAGCAACUGCGAUUCAAGAGAAAGCCAGAGCUGAAUGGGACUCACUACCUCCGCAAUUUAGAUUAGACGGCAGCCUGAAACAGUUUGCCGGGAAUCCGUUUGAGCGAGAUUUCGUAGCAAGUGUGCGACUCAACCAUUUGCAGGUGUUGUUUCUCGUGCAUCUUCUACUGCUGGACAGCCCAGCUGAGCCCAAUGUGUCAAUCAUAGAGGUGGCGCAAGAGAUGCUCUCCUUAGUUACCGAAACCAUUCUCCUCCGGGAUCGACUUGUGAAUUCGGGAACAAGUCUCAUUUGGAAGGUUGCCCACUUUGGCCUUCCAGCAGCCGGGAUCCUACUUCUCGCGAUGCUCAGGCAAGGAAACAACUCAAGCACUCCGAUACCGUGGACAAAAACUAUCCAAGACCUCAACGUAUUCGUUGCCGAAGUCGAGAUAGGAACAAUUAUUCGACCGGAGGAUCCCAACUACGCGUUACUAUCCAAGGCAACGCAAACUAUCCAGAGGUUUCUUGAUUCCGUGCAUUCGAAGAUAACUCCUCAGUCGCGAAAUGAGGAUUGGACGGCGUUGCUGAACCAGGAUCUCUGGGAUUCUGAGUUUGCGUUCUGGGAUAACAUGGCGGGUCAUCCGUCGCUGGAUCCUUUGCCGGAAGUGUAA